AAGUGUAGUUUCGGCUGAGGGGCUGAGGAGGAGGAGGCUCGGAGGCAGGCGCGCGGCGGGCAGGCCUGGAGGGGGCGGGUCCUCGCGGUCUUCUGAGCUACCCGCGGGGCCUGAGGAGAGCGAGGUCACCGAGUGAAGGUGUGCCCGCUACCGCCGCGCCCUCCGUUUCUGCGAGCUGCGAACUCUGGGAGCAGCCAUGGCCUACUGCCGGCAGGAAGGGAAGGAUCGAAUCAUAUUUGUGACCAAAGAAGAUCAUGAAACUCCCAGUAGUGCAGAGCUGGUGGCUGAUGACCCCAAUGAUCCGUAUGAAGAGCACGGAUUGAUACUGCCAAAUGGAGACAUUAACUGGAAUUGCCCGUGCCUUGGAGGAAUGGCCAGCGGCCCCUGUGGGGAACAGUUCAAAUCUGCCUUUUCCUGCUUCCACUACAGCACGGAAGAAAUCAAGGGGUCAGACUGUGUAGACCAGUUCCGCGCCAUGCAGGAAUGCAUGCAGAAAUACCCAGAUCUCUAUCCCCAAGAUGACGACGAGGAAGAGGAGGAGAAGCCAUCGGAACAGGCAAAGGAAGCAGCUUUCACUGAGGCCUCUGCAGCCACAGAGCAGGGCUCAAGCUCCUGAAGGCCACUGAUCCCAGCUGCCGCUGGUCCACUCAGAGCCACAGGACCUUUUGCACAAUGCCUUUCAGUUGCCCUCUGUGAAAGUGUCUUUCCCUCUGUUGUUGUGUGCACUGUAACGUACAAAAUAACUUAUUUUUGUGAUCAGGGGUCUUGGCUCCUUGCCAUAUACACUGAAGAGGGGAUGUGUACGAGUCCUUCAUAAACCUAUCUGUGAAUGUAGUGCCACUGCUGAAUUGUCUUCUCUUGAUUGCCCUGGAUUUUGACACUUUGAAAUAAUGUGCGGAAUACUCUCAGCAACCAAAAAUUGUUAUUCAGGAGUUUCCUGUGAGUAAGUUGAUUUAUUCUGAUUCAUUGUGUCCCUUUUCAUAGAUUUUUAUGCCUCUUUGGGAAAUUAAGAAUGCUGGAGUGGGGCCAUUCCUUAUAGAAGAGGCCAAGGGCCAGAUUCUCACCAAGGAGUUCCCUGGGACUACUGUACUUCAUUCCUGCCAGGCUUGGUUUCCGUGCUUGCAGUGUGCUCCAGGCUCUAGGAUGCUCACUGGGAGCCUGUGACUGCCCAGUCCCUUCCUAGGUGAAAGGAGAAGCUGGUUUUGCUGUUCAUUGUUCUACUGUUCUGAAAGCCUUGGUUUGGGCCCAUGUUCACUCAGGCUCAGUGUAGUCAGCUGUAACAUUCUGGAGAGUUGGGGACCUGACUGUUGCCAGAGCAGCAAUCAAGAGAGGAUGUGGUCUGAAGUACUUAAUUAAAAGGAAAUGUGAUUUCUACCAGA